UUCAUUUGUGCAUUGCAGGGAAUGAAGUUGAAAGAUUUGCAAGAACGGUUCCAACACUCGAAGGAGACAUUGUCACGGCAUUUCCAUGAGGUUUUGAAAGUUAUGAUACCGUUCAUAGCGGUUCAUAGUAGGAGUCUUACGCCUGAGCAAGUGCAACAGGGGGGCCACCCACAAUUACAAUCGCAACGGCGAUACCGGCCAUUCAAGGUGAGACUGUUUCACAUAAUUUUAAAUAUCACAGUGGCGACAUAUACCAUGAAUUUUUAUUUAUAUAUUCUGCGUAAUGGUGCGUUGUGUAGGACUGCAUCGGUGCACUAGAUGGCACGCACGUGAUGGCUCGUGUCUCGGAAGAGUACACCACUUCGUAUUACGGCCGGAAAGGCGUCCCAACACAGAACAUACUGGCCGUAUGUGACUUCGAUUUGUGCUUCACGUUUGUGUCAGCCGGUUGGGACGGGAGCAUGCACGACAGUAGGGUGCUGCACUACGUGACAACCGAACCUAAACAUCGCUUCCCGCACCCCGCACCUGGAAAAUACUACUUGGUGGAUAGCGGCUACAGCAAUAAGACAGGGUACCUAGCCCCAUACAAGGGAUAUAGGUAUCACCAAAAUGCUCAUCGAAAUCGAAGACCACAAAAUGAGUUCGAACUAUUCAAUAAGGCACAUUCGUCAUUGCGUAGUUAUAUCGAGAGGACAUUCGGUGCAUGGAAGUCGAGGUGGGGGGCAUUACGGAAUAUUCAGAAGUUGAGUUUCUCUAUUCAAGUGAUCUUCGUGUGUGCGUCGAUGGCGUUACAUAACUUCAUACGCCGAAACAGUGAAAUUGAUGAGGUCACAGUUCCUAUCGCAAAUAGCACCGAAUACGUGGCUCCCGAAAUGCCCGACCACGAUGAAUACGCACGGGUUGCAGAUGUGAUUGAGGGAGGGGACUCCGACCCCGCAAUGACAGUUGUACGAGCGAACAUUACGUACCAACUAGCCCAGCAACUGAACACGAAUAAUUGAAACAUUAAUGUUGGUUAAAUUUAUAAUGUGUGUAACUCAGAUUCAAAAAAGAUUAUUAUCAUGGUUUGUUAAUGUGUUUUGUAUUUCUAAAUUUGUAAUACUUCACAGCAGGAAGUUGAUAAAGUUUUGUAUCCAAUUUUAUGCUACAUAUGUCCAAAAAACACUAUUGAAAACGAAAUGAAAAGAAUAAAAUAAAAAAACUUGGUUGAACAACUUAGAACAGCACUGGGCAUAAUAAAAAAGGAAAAGAAUAAAAAAAAUUACAAAAAAAGCA